GUUAAUCAGAUUGAAGAUCAUGGAAUCGGGUAAAGAUUAAGGAUUACAAAAUAACAGUCCCAGUCUCCCAACGCUCUCGUCUAAAUCUAAACAAUAGUAUGAAACAAUAUUGAAACAAGGCAAAGAAAAGAUUUUACGUUUUUAUUAGUUGACUAAGUUGAGGGAAGCUUAGUACUUUCCCCGUGUUUCAAAAAAAUUCAUUAAACUACGGUGAAGUAAACAUAUUAAAAAUGGCUCUUGAAAAUACGGUCCAAUUAUCCGAGAAAUACGAAGCAGUUAUGGUUCUCAGUGGAGUGGGGGAUUCUCUAGGUUAUAACAAUGGUUUGUUGGAAUUCUGUUACAGUGGUACUCAAAUUCAUGAAGAACUAGAAAAACUCGGAGGACUUGAUAAAAUUGACAUUAAAGGAUGGAGGGUUAGUGACGACACUGUACUACACAUUGCUACAGCAGAAGCGUUGGUUUCUAAAUGGACAACAACGGAAGAGUUAUUGAGCAUUAUGGCUACAAAGUACAAGAAGACAUGUGCUGAGGAUAUGUGGGAAAGAGCUCCUGGGCAGACUACAACAAAGGCAUGUUUCAUGUUACGACCUCUUGAGGAAAAAGGUUACAUUAUACCAUUUAAUGAACGAGGUGGCGGAUGUGGUGAAGCUAUGAGAUCCAUGUGUAUAGGUUUGAUGUUUCCUUGUGAAGAUCAAAUUGAAAUGUUAAUUGAAAUUACUGUUGAAAGUGGAAGGAUGACUCAUAAUCACCCCACAGGUUAUCUUGGGGCUGUUACUGCAGCUUUAUUUACAGCCUAUGUUAUACAGAAGAUGGCUCCAAAAAAAUGGGUAGCAGGACUUUUAAGUGUUUUACCCAAAGUUUGGGAAUACAUUGAGAAGGUUGGUCGUGAUGUAGAAGAAAACAAGAAAUCUUGGGGCUACUUUAAAAAUAGUUGGGAGUCAUAUCUUGAACUACGGGGAUUAAUGAAUGGAACCAGCGAACCAAAGUUUCCAGUGACAUAUAACAUACCUGAACGUGAUGCUUUUUAUAAAUCUGUCAGUUAUGCAGGUUGGGGUGGGUCCAGUGGUCAUGAUGCACCAAUGAUUGCUUACAAUGUUUUGAUGAUGGCAAAAGAUUCCUGGUUUCAAUUGUGUUCUUGUUUUAUGUUUCAUGGUGGAGAUAGUGACAGUACAGGAAUAUUGGCUGCAGCUUGGUGCGGUGGUAUGUAUGGUAUGAAAGGUGUACCCCUUGGAAAUUAUAGGAACCUGGAAUAUGGUCAUAGGCUUAUGGAGCUUGGUAAAAAAUUACUGAAUGUAUCAAAGAAUACAAACAACUAACAGGAUAGUAUUUAUUUAUUAUAAUUCUGUCAUCCCAAUAUACUUUAGUAUGUUUGUAAAUCAUACAAUAAAAAUUCCUACUUGGUUAUAACAUAAAAGCAAAUUACUUUAGAAAUAAAGUCUAAAGAAGAAUGUCAGAUUCAGGGCAUGGGCAGUUCUAAGUUUUACUUAGGAUGAUUUCUGGGCUGUAGAGUAAGUUUAUUGACUAGAUAUCAGUGAAACUAUAUAUAGACAAGGAUCAUUACAUCUUUAGGUUCAUUUUACCUCACAAAAUGCAAA